AUGUCAGCACCGACCGACACCACCCACGCGACUACAACGACAGGUGCAGCACCCGCGAUCGACUCUUCUCAUCUCGAGCAGCCCAACGACGCUGUCCCGAUGGAGAGCAUGGCGAACGGCAUGGAGACGGAAACCAACAAGCCAUCGACGUCCCCUGCGGCGGACGCAACGACUGCGAAAACAGUCCCGAAUGAGCCCGCCACCGAGGCAGGACCAUCAACUACCGCCAACGCCGAUGGCGAGGCCACUGCUGGCUCCCCCGUUGACGGAACAGAACGUCCCGUCCGGGAGCGGCAUGACUCAGUGCUGGCCAUUGGUCCUGCGCAGGACGAGAUCAAGGCUGUCACGCCUGGCGGCGAUGACCUCGGCCCUGUCUGCAAUAUCACGCUUCUCCUCACCAGCGGGAGCCGUCAUCCGUACAAGAUCAGCGCAAAGUACUUGUCUAGGAGGAAUGUCCCUAUCCCUGAAGAAACCGACUCCGGUCUGCCGGACCCCUUCAGCAUCAGCGUAUACACACUCAAGGAGCUCAUUCUCAGGGAGUGGCGCGCCGAGUGGGAAGAGAAGCCGGCGAGCCCGGGUGGUAUCCGUUUGAUUCACUUUGGAAAGUUGCUGGAUGAUAAGGAACCUUUGCGGAAAUAUCAGUUUGUUCCGGAAAGCCCCAAUGUUGUACAUAUGAGCAUCCGCCCUGCGGAUCUGGAUGAAGACGAGCCCAAGACCGGGGGUAAGAGUCCCUCCCAAGCGGGAGGUGACGGCGUCCGUGAGAGGUCAGGCGGCUGCUGUGUCAUCCUAUGA